AUGGCCCAGAACCAAGGGGAGGUUCAAGUAACACCGACCCAACCUGUAAAAGAUAAGGAUAUAUACGCUUGCCUUCCCGAUAUACGAACAAACGGCCCACUUGGUCCUGACGAACCUUGUCCUGGUGGUGAGGAGUUGCGAUGGUUACCUGCUCAGGCUACAGACAGGGAUCUUGUUAUGUACUUGAGAGCUGCUCGUUCAAUGGCAGCAUUCGCAGGUAUGUGUGAUGGUGGAUCGCCAGAUGAUGGCUGCGUUGCAGCGAGUCGGGAUGAUACAACUAUCAAUGCUCUAGAUGUUUUGCAUGACUCUGGUUACGACCCGGGAAGGGCUCUACAGGCACUAGUAAAAUGCCCAGUCCCGAAAGGAAUUGAAAAAAAGUGGUCAGAAGAAGAAUCGAAACGAUUUGUAAAAGGUAUCCGACAAUUCGGUAAAAAUUUCUUUAAGAUAAGAAAAGAUUUACUUCCUCACAAGGAUACUGCUGAAUUAGUUGAGUUUUAUUAUUUAUGGAAAAAGACUCCCGGGGCAAGUAGUAACAGACCUCACAGAAGACGUCGACAGGCUUCUUUGAGGCGUGUUCGCAAUACAAGGAAUUCUCGUGCAGGGACACCUAAGGAGCAAACUCCAGAAGCAACACCCACAGUGCCUGAUACAAAUGGUUCUAGGCCCUCACCCAAUCCAAAAGAAGCAGGUGAAAUGAGUUCUGUCACAGAAGAUGAAAAUUCUGAAGAUGAUAGUGAUUCUAGAGAAGCCGGAGAUCUUGCUAAGGUUGAUAAUGGCAGGGUUGAAAAUCCUGAUGAUUCUCCAAGCAGAAUGAGAACAAGAAAUAAAUGUAAAGAACAAACUACUCCAAAUGGCAAGAAAGGUCAAGAUGAAAGUGAUAAUGAUUCUAAAUCUAAUCUAACAAAACCUAACAAAUCUAACAACAAACCAAAUACACAAAGUACAAAUAAUAAUAUACAAGAAAAAGUUUUAUCAUUGCCAGUUGCUAAAGAUAAUAAAAAGAAAGUAGCUAAUGGUAAAAUAGAUGUCUCCAAAGUCAAAAAGCGUCUUCCUGAUGAUACUAAACUGGAAGGUAUUAUGGAUGGUGAUGUUCAAAUGAAGAAAAAGAAAGCUGCCGAUGCUCCUGAGAGUCCAUCAGAAAGUUUGACAAAUGAUAGUUUUCCUGCGAUGGAUGAUACAGAAAGUGUUGAACCAGAACCAGAAGCUUGUGAUUUUAGUUUUAGCAAAACUGACAAAGAAAAUACUGAUCAGAAUAAGGAACCUGAGCAUGAACAACCUCAGAAACAAGGAGAAGCACAAAUUAAGACAGACAAUUCAGAACCUAUCAUUAAAACAGAAAAAGAUGUUUUACCUCCAAUCUUUAAGGUAGUUCCUGAAAAGGAUGAUAGAAACAUUCUUGAUUUAAAAACAGACUCAAAUACUCCUAAAAAUUCAGAUAAUAUGGAACCAAGACCUCUUCCACUAUUUCCAAAAACUGAACUUAUUAUACCAAAAGUUACUCCAAUGUCCACUGAUGUCAUGGAAAAGAUUAAAAUAAAAGAAGAAAUAGAUACAGAAGAACACACCCUUAAUUUACAAAAAGAAGACUUUCAGAAAGAUCCUCUUGCACAUAAUUUCUCAGGUCAUGCAUUAAGUCAAUCAAGUAAGCCUUUGAAUUUAGAAAAUACUAAUUAUUUUGUUAAAGAUAGCCAUAUGUAUAAUCCUAAACUUAAUCAUAACAUCAAAAUUGAAGGUGUUCCUAAUAAUAUUUUUAACCCAGCAAAUAUGACAAAAGAUAAUUCAAUUAUAAGAAACACUAAAGAUUUUCCUGGUGGAUUGCCACCUUUUUCAUAUGCACCUAACAUUAAUUUCGCCAGUGAUCCCAAUAAACAUAACCCUCUUAUAAAUCCUUUGAAAACAGUGAUCAAGCUUGAACCUAGAGAUGACACAUCUGAAAUGAAAAGUCAAAAUACUCCUGAAAUAUUCACAGCGACUAUAUCAACUGCUAGUAAGGUAGAUUCACCUAGCACACCUCGUUUGGAUACUAUGCAAAGAAUCAGUCCAUCACCGACAAACGCAAGGGCAUCGUCGCCACCACAUAUGGAACAUCCAGCAGCUACAAACACUGAACCAAUUUCACCAGCAAAUGUGCAAGACAUGAAAUCACAAGAAUCUGAAGUAGAAGACAAGCAACCUACUGAUUUAAAAACACAGCCAAUCCCAAAAUUAGACUCUCAAAACUUAAGGCCUCCAAUCUUUCAACCAAGUGUGCGACCUGAAAAUCUUGGUGUAAGAUCAACAGAAACUCAAAAUAUUACACCUGUAUCUGUACAAAGUAUGCCUCCUCCUCUGAGUCAACCAUCAAUAACAGGACUUUUACCUCCAGGUCCUCUUAUAUCUGUUGGGAGUGGAUCUAAUGUUAAUCCUUAUGGAUUUAUGCCAGCUUCAUUAUAUGGACAUCCUGGUCACCCAGGAUUAGAAAAGCCUGGAUCUUUGCCUCCAUUAAUGCAGCAAGUACCUCCUUCACAUAGCCAUUCUGCAUCAAAUCUUAUAUCUCAACAAUCUAACCAAAAUGAUCCAGGUAUGCCACAGGACCUUAAAAUUAAACAAGAGGUGCCAGAUAAUAUGCCAGCUAAUUUAUCUACACAAAAUGUAUCUGAUCCUCUUCAGUCACUCAAGGAAGUCAAAGUUCCUGGCUAUCCAAUUGGAAGUGCUAUUGCUCAACACUUAAGUUCUGAAAGGGAUAGGGAGUCGAUAUCAAGCGUUGAAAAUAAUAGUCGACCUCCAAGUCAACCACAGAAUGAAAAUUCUAACAUGCCAAGUCCUUUCCUUGGCCCAAGAAUAGAAAGUAUUAAGAAAGAACCGGAUUUCCUUCACCAACCUCAUAUAACGCCGGUAUCAACAAGUCAAGGUAGUGGAUCAGAUACUACAAGCGCUGCCCCACCUGUUAAAAGUCCACAUACACCUACACCCAUUAAAAGUCAGCCAAGUCACAACGGAACUCCUGGUCAUCAACGAGCUACGACAUCGCCUUUUUCAAGACAUCUAACCAGUCCAUCUCAACCAAGGCAAAUAUCAGCCUCGCCUGUACAACCAAAUACACCAGUGUCUCAUUCAGCUCUAAAUUUAAUGAAUCCGACACCACUUACGAUCCCAUCUACUAUGGCUGGCCCUGUUAUGCAUUCUGGACAACAACCUGGACAUCCACCUCCACAUCCGUUUGCUUCCCCUCUUCACCAUCCCCAUCACCAUCUCCUUCACCCGUCCUCUAUUUUCCAACUUUCGGCUGCUGCAGCAGCCCACGCUAUGCAUCCUUACUAUUCACACCCCCACCCAGGCUAUUCAAUGCCAUACCCAUAUCCUUAUGGACCUUUGCCACAGCAUCAUCCCAUACCGCCAAUGCACCCUGCAUCGAGUACACCAGGAAGACAUGACCCAGUGAAACCGUCAACGAUAGAAUCAACGACUAUGCUUAGCGCACAUCAUAGCACCAGUUCAUCAGUAACCACGCGUUCUUUAAGAGAAAUUUCUGAAAGCUCUGAAGACCCCAGAAAUCCAAAUGCAACCACUGAGAGACAUCAGCUGCACGAAACCACAAUGACUCAUCACCAUUCAACGAGUCAUCACAGUGCUGUACAUACUAGUACAGAAAAACAGCCCAGCCAUGUUGGAGGGGGUACUAACCAUACCCUUUCAAUAUCUCAUUCUACUUCUAGUAGUUCAUCACAGUCUAUUCAGCAUAAAAUUAAUACGCAGCAAAAAUCCAGUUCACACUCUAGUUCACCACUUCAUUUAUCUGCCAGUGUAUCACAGACAACGAGUUCAUCUUCAAGUGUAAACGUAUCAAAUAAUCAUACUCAUCACCAUUCUCAUCAUCUGGCUCAUCAUCCAGAACGACUCUCUCCAGCGGACUCCAUGCUUCUUCGUCAUCAUCCAAAAAUGUUACCCGGAAAUCCAAACCACCUUAUGAUUCAGCCCCCAUCUAUGGGUCAUCCUGGAUUAAGCUUAGGAUUACCACCUGGUCCUGGUCCGAGCUCUAUUGAAAGCUUGCGGCUCCAUGCUCAAGCUGCGGCUGGUUUACAAGCUUCACAUGCAAGAUCAGGAUCUCCUCACCAGAUGCCUCAUGGGCAUCCGCAUUUACGUGGUCCUCCGCGACCAAUACCAGAAGAAAAUCCUGAAUUAAAACUUGAAACUCAAUCACAACCAGAAGAAGAAGAAAUACCAAGCCCAGCACAUAUACCUCAUGGACCUAGUCCAGAGCCUAAGAUAGAAGAUACUGAAUGUCACAGAUCACAAUCUGCAAUAUUUUUGAGACAUUGGAACAGAGGAGAUUAUAAUUCAUGUACACGAACUGACCUUAUCUUUAAACCGGUACCAGAAUCCAAACUUGCAAGAAAAAGAGAGGAAAGGUUAAGAAAGCAAGCCGAAAGAGAUAGAGAAGAGAGAGAAAAAAUAGCUCAACAAGCACAUAGAAAAAUAGCUACUCCUGAAAAACCCGAAACCAAACCUCCGUCUAGAGGUGCUAUUGAAACUAUAACGUCACCAUAUGACAGAUUUCCUAGACCACCUGGUUAUCCUGAUACGCCAGCUUUGAGACAGUUAUCUGAAUAUGCAAGGCCUCACGCUGGUUUUAGCCCUGGCAAUAUGCCUCGACACUGCAUGGAUCCUAUGCUACAAUAUCAAUUGAGUUCUAUGUAUGGAGCUGCCGGUGCUAGAGAACGGUUAGAACUCGAACACUUAGAGAGAGAAAAACGAGAUAGAGAAAUAAGAGAGUUGCGGGAGCGGGAACUGAAUGACCGGUUAAAAGAAGAAUUGCUUAAAAAUAACGUCGGUCAAAGAGCUCUUGAUCCACAUUGGCUAGAAAUGCAUAGACGUUACGGAAUGCCACCUCCGCCGCCACAGGGAGCGAUACCUGUACAGUUCGGUUUAUACCCUCCGGGUCACGGUCCCGCUGCACUUUCACAAUUGGAACGAGAGAGACUUGAAAGGCUCGGUAUUCCACCAGCGGGAGCAGGAGGUCCACCGCCUUCGGUUCCAGUUACGGGAGCCCCGCCUCAUCAUCCACACCAUCCGCAUCCCGGGGUCGCGGCGGCGCAACUAGAGGCAGCCGAGAGAUUGGCAUUAGCCGCAGACCCGAUGGUCAGAUUGCAAAUGGCAGGAAUAAACCCCGAAUACCACGCGCACACUCACGCGCACACGCACGCGCACUCUCACACGCACUUGCACCUGCACCCGGGUCAGCAGGCGGCACAGGCGCAGCAGGACGCGUUGAGCCUGGGGCUGGGCGCGUCUGGACCGUACCGGCCGCUGCCGCACCCCGACCUGCUGGGCCGCCCGUACGCCGAGCAGCUGGCCCAACAGGCAGCAGCACACGAGCAGUUGCAACGUCAGCUGCUGUUGGAACGCGAGCGCGGGUUCCUGCACCCAGCACACCACGAGGACUUCCUGCGCCAGCAGCGUGAGCGCGAGCUCAAGGUGCGCGCACUGGAGGAGGCCGCGCGUGCCUCGCGGCCG